AUGCACAAAUCGGCGAUAUUCGCUGUGUCGGCGCCAAUUUCGGCGAUUCUUUUCAUCUUCAUUCUCGUCUAUAAACAAUUCAAUGAUUUCGAACAAUGGAUUUUGGAUGCUGGAAAUGAGUUUGAAGCUUCACUUCAAUCCUUAGCCCUGGUACAUCGUAUUAGGCGUCAUUCUUCGAAAUGCUCGUGUUCCCAACACAUUUCCUCCAAAUGCCCACAAGGAGUUCAAGGUGCGCCAGGAAUCCCAGGAAUUCCUGGCAAACCAGGUGAUAAUGGAUCCGAUGGACUACCUGGCGAAAACGGACCAUCGUCUAUGGAUCCAUAUAUGGCCCCAAAUGACUGCAUCAAGUGCCCGCCAGGACCAGCAGGACUACUUGGACAACAAGGUCUGCCAGGAGUUCCAGGAGCCCUUGGUAUCCCUGGAACUCCAGGAGCUGCCGGUUUCGACGUCAUCGGACCCCCUGGGAAACCAGGAGAGCCUGGUGCCGAAGGCAUUUCCGGAAACCAAGGACUAGCCGGGAAAGACGGCAAAAAUGUGGUUCAGGUAGUAAGUCGGCCAGGUGAAAAAGGCAAGCCCGGACUGCCAGGAUCGCCAGGAGCCAAAGGAUUAAGAGGAGCAGUUGGUGACGCUGGUGAAGUAGGACCUGAAGGAUUUCCUGGCUUGUCAGGACUAGUGGGAACCCCAGGAAGAGCAGGAAAACCUGGAAUGCGCGGACCACCCGGUCCUCCUGGAAAAGACGGAUCAUACUGCCGAUGUCCUGAUCGCACGAAGUACCCAACAUACCCAUUUCUAUAA